GUAACAUUGACAGCUAGCCUGCUAGCUAACAUUAGCUAACAAUUAGGCUAAUGUUAUAUGAGAAGCAUAAGCAGCUAAACACUGUACAGUUGCGAUGCCAAGAAAUGAGCGCGCAAAGCGGAAAAUGCAAAGGGAACAAGACAAAAUUGUGCAGAAGCGUGAGGUCUGCAUUGACAAGAAGAAGAAACCCAACAAGUCAAAGAUAAUGUGGAAGCAGGUUCAUGAGGCCCAUGAGUUGUGUAUGGCGGCUAUCACUCCAAAGAGAUUCCUCGCCAUUACAAAAAGUGGACAGACACCAGUUGUGGCCAGUCCAGGAGGCCCCAACGCUGUUCGCACCAGCAACUUUGUCCUAGUUGGAUCUCACAAGCUCACUCUCUCUUCCAUUGGGAAAAACAAAUUUCCUCUGGAGAAGAUCAAAUAUGAAGGAAGUGAGAGAGAACUACUCAGUGGCAUGUUUCAUAACAAGGUUCCAUUCUUGUGUCCUCUGGAGGGCCACAUCUACCUCAAGAUGCAGUGUGAAGUUGGCUCCAAGGUGGAGGAGAGAGGCUUCCUGACGAUGUUUGAGGAUGUUAGUGGAUUUGGCGCCUGGCACAGGAGGUGGUGUGUGUUAUCAGGAUAUUGCAUCUCCUACUGGACUUACCCAGAUGAUGAGAAGAGAAAGAAUCCCAUUGGUCGCAUCAACCUGGCUAACUGCACCAGUAAGAAGGUGGAACCAGCCAACAGAGAGUUUUGCGCCAGACCAAACACAUUUGAGCUCAUCACAGUCAGACCACAAAGAGAGGACGACAAAGAGACACUAGUCAGUCAGUGCAAGAAUACCAUGUGUGUCACCAAAAACUGGCUGAGCGCUGACACUAAGGAUGAGAGGAAUUUGUGGAUGAAGAAACUCAACCAGAUUGUGGUGGAUCUGCGUAUGUGGCAACCAGACGCCUGUUACAGGCCACUGUAAUCACCGCACUCUGUCACAUGGUGCCUUUCUCUCUUUUGGACUUUCAAUACCAGUGACAAAUACAAUCAUUAAGUGCAAUACAGUAUGAGAAUUGUUAAAUUGUUAACUUGUGGAUAUUUCACAGGACGAUAAAUAAUCAAACACAUAAGUUAUAGAUCUGAGGAAAGUAAAUAAAGCCAUACAUUUGAUA